GACAGAUAUGGGUUAUUAUGAAUGUGUUAUUAUUUUUGUUUCUUUUAUGAAUAUUAAUAAGAACGAGCUAUUUAACACAAUUUAUUGCAUUUAAAAUUGUGUAUAUUAAAAAAUACUAUGUGAAUAUCGCAUAUUAUGUGAAUUUAUUUAGAAAUAUUUUGAACAAAUUUACAAAUUAAAAAAAGAGGUCGCAGCACUGUUUGUAUAAUAUGAAGUGAAAAUCGAGAUCUUUCUUGGUUUUGAAGAUGAGUCUUCAAGAUCGGUUGAAACCGUUAUUAAAAAUAUUAAAAGUGGGUUCUUUGAUCGGAGGUAGCAUAUUUAUUGUAGCUUAUCAUCUGAGAGAAAUAUGUAGAAGUAUUGAUAAAAUUGUUAAUGCAAACGUAUUAGAUGUUGAGAAAAAAAUUAUUUCUGAAUACAUAUAUAUCGAUGAUCCAUCAUAUAAUGCUACCAUGAGUAUAGACAAUGAUAUACAAAAUGCAAAUACUUUUGGAUUAUCUCGGGUAUGGAAGAGCUUAAAGCAUUCUGUAGCUUGGCGGUUAUUGUGGCUUUGUCGACAUGGAAAUAAAGAGCAAAGAAAUUUAGCUUUAGAACAAUUAGCUUCCUUUAGAAAUAAUAAAAGCUGGGACUGUUUAAAGAUAGCUCAAGCACUUGAUAAAUCAACAGCAGUACUUCUUGCCCGCACCUAUGGUGCUGACUUGCGUUAUUUUCUACCUCCUCCAAUACAUGUUCGGAAAGCAGCUUUGAAUUCUGAACUUUUAUCAUAUAAAUUUAUAGAUAUGAUAAGUACUGUAGAGUCUAUAAACCCUCAUAGUUGUAUCAAUCAGUUCCUUUCAAAACAUCUACUAAACAUCCAAGAUCAAGUAGUUGAAGUUGAUAGUGUUCCUCCAAAACCAGAUAGUAUUACUGAAAAGCAACUUUGUAUAUUAUGUCUUGAUGUUCUUCAUCACCACAUUUUUUUAUUCAACCAAAAAUUGUAUGAUAAUGAUAUUUCAACUUCUACAUUAAUUAAAUUGGGUAUAUUACCACGAUUAGCUGAGUUAAUGUUGCGUUAUAGAUAUGACACAGAAGUAGAUUUGGCUGUUUUAAAAAUUCUUACUGUUUUAAGUUUAUAUACUAAUCUCUUGGUAGAUUUUUUUCAAAAUGGUCUUAUUGGUGAACUGGCCCGCCUAUUAAAAUCACAAGAUAUACGUUUGGCAAGUUCUGCAGCAGUUUGUUUGGCAAAUCUUUCUGGAGAAUUUUGUUACAGACCAGGACUUUUCUUAUUACACCCUUUGUAUAGAACAAAAAGUGUCCAAACUUGUGAUACUCUUCUUGUACAUGGCUUAAGAGGUGGUGUAUUUGUUACAUGGCGACAAAGAGAUAAAAAGUGUGCAGAACCUGUUGGGAUUAUUGAGGUAACUGUAUCAGAUGUUGAUUGUGAACCAUGCAAAGAAGAUAUAAUCAACAAUAAUAGAUUCUUAGAUCCUGACCUUCAACAAGUAAUAGCAGAUAUGAAAGUGCUUGAAGAGGAGGCACUUUUGUCUAACUUUGAAGUUGUAUUACAUGAUCUCCCUAUUGUUGCAAAGAGAGAACCUAUCAGUACCAAUAAAUUUACAGCUAACAAAAAAAGAGUAGCAGUGUUGCAAGAAGAACAAGAUAAAUGUUAUUAUACUCACUGUUGGCCUAAAGACUGGUUGCCUAGAGAUUGUAAUAAUUUAAGAAUAUUAGGCUUUAAUUAUUGGAGUAAACUCUCUGAUUGGUUGGAAGGAUGUCCUUUACAAAAUGCAGAUAUAGAAGCACGUGCAGAUGAACUUGCUUCCACAUUACUUCAUGCAGGUGUUGGAACAAACAAUGUUGUCUGGCUGGCUCAUUCGAUGGGUGGCCUUAUUGUUAAACAGUUAUUAGUUGAUGCAGCUCAAAGAAAUGAUCCCGCAUAUGAAAAAUUAUGCCAAAAGACAAAGGCAGUCCUAUUUUAUAGUACCCCACAUAAGGGCAGUGCAUUAGCAACAAUGCCCCGCGCUGCAGCUGCUGUUCUCUGGCCCUCGCAAGAUGUUAAACAAUUGAAAGAAAACUCACCAACAUUAUUAGAAAUGCAUCAAUUGUUUAUAAAGUUUGCAGAUAUUUUUAACUGGGAGACAAUAAGUUUUGCAGAAACAUUACCCACUCUAAUCACGGCAUUUAAAGUCCCAGUUCACUUUGUAGAUUCAUACUCAGCCGAUUUAGGACGUGGACCAUUUUAUCAAUUACCAUUAGACCACUUAUCUAUAUGUAAACCAGCAACAAGACAGUCUGUGUUAUAUACUACAGUAUUAGACGUUUUACAAAGGGCAACAAAUUGUGAAGUUGAUAAAAAUCUAUCUGACUCAUUGUUACAAAGACUAAUAGGUUUAAUAUGGUUAUCUUUAAAAAGUAAAGGUGAAGAUACCAAUUUGAAUUUGUAUGAUGAGCAAAGCGCCUGGACACAUUGGUAUGAACAGGUAUUACUAGAUACCUUCAUGGAUGGUUUUUUGUAUUAACUG